GAACAUUACUCAGCUGGACAUGUGGACACCAUUUUUCGCUACUUUAUUAUUUACCAGCGCUACAAGUGUAUUGAUUGCUGCGUUGUUUUUCCAGUGAAAUUCUUAGCAUAAUAUUCUUCCCUUAUGAGCAAAAUAGCAAUGUGAAUGGCAGUUCCUUCAACUUCAGCUUCAUCGUCGAUGUGGAAUAGCAGUAGUACUGGUACGAAGAAGCAACAGCAGGAGUUUCGAAUGCUGAAGAGGAAUGGGAAUAUAGUGGAGAGGAUCUUCAAUCGCCAAAUCUCCAUCUCACGCCCCAACACUCAAAUCCAGAGGGCAAGACAAUUUUAUGAGAACUUGGUUCCAAGCUAUACAAUAUAUGACAUUGAAUGUCCAGACCACUCAUUUAGGAAGUUCACCAGUGAUGGCAACUAUCUUAUAUGCUUCAGCAGGAGUUAUCAGGAAUUGAUUGUAUAUAGACAUCGUUGGCUAAGUUAUUGUUACAAGGGUGAGGAUUGUGAAUGUAACGAUCUCCCCCCAAAGGCAAAGAAUUUUGAGAGCUACUUUUCUCUUCUAUAUUCCAUUCCUCUUACUUCUAGCAAUGAGUUCAUCUGCAAAGAAUUCUUUCUUUACAUGGAAAAUAACCAGUUUGGUAUAGUUGCUACAUCAACUGCUCCAGACCAGGAUGCACCCAUAUCUGAGGGAGCCAUUCAAGGAGUUCCAUCCAUAGAGAAGAUAACCUUUUAUCUUGUCAGGUUGACAGAUGGAGAAGUCAUGGAUGAGCGAACUUUUCAAAAUGACUUUAUUCAUUUGGGCCACAACAUGGGAGUCUUUUUAUAUGAUGAUUUAUUGUCAAUCAUGUCCAUUCGCUACCAAACAAUUUAUAUUCUACAAAUUCGAGAUGCUGGGACCUUUGUGGAUGUGCGGGCGAUUGGAACAUACUGCAGGGAGGAUGAUGAACUUAUUCUCAACUCUCAGACUCAGGGAAUUUUAAAUCAUGGGAAGGAAACAGAUCAAGAAGCAAGGUCAGACCAUAUGGCAAAUGGUAUGCAACAAAAUCAACAACUGCAAAGCAGCACCUUUUUGGGCGGUAUCAAGCAACGCUUGCUUUCAUUUAUUUUUCGGAGUUUAUGGAAUGAAGAUACAGUUCCUAUGCAGAGGGUUCAGCAUAUGAAGAGGUUCUAUUACCAUUUCCAGCACUAUGUUGACCUUGUGAUGUGGAAGGUGCAGUUCUUAGAUCGACAUCAUCUCCUCAUCAAGUUUGGCAGUGUAGAUGGAGGGGUGUCAAGAAGCUCAGAUUAUCAGACUGCAUUUUUUGCUGUGUAUAAUAUGGAGACAACUGAAGUAGUUGCUUUUUACCAGAAUUCUUCAGAGGAAUUACUGUGCCUGUUUGAGCAAUAUUGCGAUCAAUUCCGUGUACCAUCACCAUAUCCCUUAUAUAUGAGGUUUAUAUCUUCAUACUCCAACAAUGUCUGUGCAAGAGAGCAACUAAGAAAGCAAAAGGAUGCCUGCAUUAAGAACAAAGCUAGUAGCUAUUCACAGCUUGUGAGGAAGACAUUGACAUCUCUACCCUUUAAUUCUCAGUCACAGAGUCCUUCUCCGUAUUUUGACCAAUCCCUUUUUCACUUUGAUGAGAAGUUGAUAUCAGCAACGGAUAGACAUAGACCAUGCAUGGAGCACCCAAUCAAGUUUAUUUCAAAGCGCUGUCCCAAUUCCUUGAAGUUUAAGAUCAAUCCAGGUUUGGAAGUUGGUGGCAGUGAUGGACGGGCAAAAAGAGUUGUGUCUUUCCUUUUCCACCCAGUUUUCCCCUUUGCAUUAUCAAUUCAGCAAUCAAUUACACAGCCAUCAGUGAUCACAGUGGUGAAUAUUCAUUUGCGACGAUAGCCAGUUUGACCUCAAAGAUUGUUUCUUAGGGCAUUUCCUUCUCGACACAGAAAUCUGGAAUGCAUGACUGUGUGACGUCCUCAGGUUUUUUGGCAGGAACGUCAUCACCUGCCGUUGUGUUAUAUUUGGGAACAGUUCUCUUUAUCCUUGUAACAAUGAUCAUGGAUAUGGAAUGGAACCGAUAUAGCAUAUUUGAAAUAUAUAGAUGGCAGUUUUUUCA